AUGGAUAACGAGCUCCACGUUCAAGGCGGACAAUUAGACGAUGAGACGGACGAUCUUGACCUCGACAACAUACUCAUGGCGGUUAUUGUCAUGGGAAUGGUUUUCUUUGACCCCAGACUGAAUCAUUUUCCAAGAAGGAGAAGAAUCCGAGAUAGUGCACUCUCUGGCAGGGAUUAUGUACUUGAGGUGCUAAACGGCCAUCCGGAUCGAAUUAUCAAGAAUAUGCGCCUCUCUGUGCCCCUGUUCCUACACUUGUGUGACAUCUUGGUUGACCGUGGGUACUGGCACGCAUAUCCUUCUCAAAGGGUUGGGGUUCAUGAAUCCGUUGCCCUAACUCUAAUGUGCUUGAGCCAUGAUGAGCGUCAUCGGGUUUUAGCCGAGCGUUUCCAACAUUCCACAGAGACAAUUGAUCGGCAUGUAAGAAAAGUUCUGCGAGCAUUGGUGCGACUCGGUCGUGAUUUUGUUAGGCCGAGGAAUGUUGAGAUAAGCGAGCAGUACAGAAAUAGGCACAAUGGACUAUCUCAAAAUGUGCUUGCAGCUUGUGAUCAUGACAUGCGUUUUGUUUACGUUCGAGUCGGUUGGGAGUGCAGUGCACACGACGCCAGAAUUCUUCAGGAAACACUGCACCAUCCAAAUUCAGGAUUUCCAAUGCCACCUCUAGGAAAAUAUUAUACGGUGGAUGCCGCCUACACUAACAUGCCUGGGUUCAUGGCACCGUUUAGGGCAGCGAGGGGCACGCAGCAUGAGCGGGUCGCUAAAGCUUUAUUCAACCGACGACACGCUUCUGUUAGAAAUAUUAUUGAACGAAGUUUUGGGGUUCUUAAGAAACGGUUCCCAAUACUGAAGGGUCCAAUGCAGAACUACCUCAUAGCAACUCAGAACAAUAUCGUGCUUGCAUGUUGUACUCUCCACAACUUCAUGAGAGAUUAUGUGCCUAACGAUGAGUACUUCGAUGAAGAAGCUGCCCUCAGAGCCCAACUAGAUCUCCAGGAGGGAGGGAAUGAAAUCCAUGAAGCCCAACCCAUCGAUAUGUCGCAUGUGGGCAUACAUAACUGGAACGAAAAUCGGCGAGCUAUUGCAGUUCAUGUGUAUGUGAAUCGGCAUGGCGCUUAA